AUGGGAUCUACUUCCUUUCGUUCCCCUGCAAUGCGACAGGCUGAAGGUCUGCCCUAUUUCACCCCUGCCAACAACGCUGGAGCAGCUAUAAACCUACAAUCCAACACCCCAACGCUGUUCUACCCAUUGCGAAUUCGAGAUGUCACAUUUAAGAAUCGCGUGAUCGUGGCGCCCAUGUGCACGUAUUCGGCCGAGUCAGACCCAACUUCUCCUGCUGUAGGUGCGCUCACCGACUUUCACAUCGCGCACCUUGGCCAUUUGGCCACAAAGGGCGUCGGUCUGAUUCUUAUCGAAGCCACAUCAGUUCAGCCCAAUGGUCGUAUUUCGCCCAAUGACUCCGGGCUUUGGCAGGUUGGGACAGACUCCGAACAGUUUAAAGGACUCCGGCGGGUGGUGAAUUUCGCUCAUAGUCAAGGGGCCAAAAUCGGCAUUCAGCUUGCUCACGCCGGUCGGAAGGCGAGCACCGUGUCACCCUGGCUCGCAUCCCAGGCAAAUAAACGCGGUAUCAAAGCCGAUGAAAGUGUUGGUGGCUGGCCAUCAAAUGUGGUCGGCCCCUCUGGCGGGGAAGAGCAAAUCUGGGCACCUGGCGACCAAUACUGGCCCCCUCGCGAGCUGGAAACGGCCGAGGUAGAAGAACUGGUUCGAGCCUUUGCGCGAAGUGCAGAGCUCGCGGUACAAGCAGGAGUGGAUGUCAUUGAGAUCCAUGGUGCUCACGGAUACCUUCUUCAUCAAUUCCUCAGUCCCGUUACCAAUCGACGAACCGACAAAUAUGGUGGCAGUUUUGAGAAUCGAACUCGGCUCCUAUGCGAGGUGGCUGCUGCAAUCCGUGCUGUCAUUCCAAAUGGAAUGCCCUUGUUUCUUCGUAUCAGUGCGACGGAUUGGCUUGAGAACCAGCCUGUCGCGGCAGGAAUAGGAAGCUGGGACAUGCCAUCCUCAAUCCAACUUGCCAAAAUGUUACCAGACCUUGGGAUCGACUUUCUGGAUGUCAGCUCAGGUGGUAAUCACAAAAGCCAACGCAUUGAGCCUCAUACAAAUUAUCAGAUUGAUCUUGCGGGCCAAAUUCGUCAAGAGAUUCACGCCGCCAAGCAUGCCACACUGGUUGGAGCUGUUGGCUUCAUCACCGAGGCCAAGUCCGCUCGUGAUAUUGUUCAGGGUGCAGAGGAGGCACAGGCGACCGAGGCAAUGUUGUCUGGGCCUAAACCUCAAGCUGAUGCCGUAUUAAUGGCUCGACAAUUUUUGCGCGAGCCCGAAUGGGUGCUCACGGCGGCCAAGAAACUGGAUGUGAAGAUCUCUCUCCCGUGGCAGUUUGCCCGCGGCUUACUGUAA